UUCCUUCCUUCUCAAUGUUUUCAUUGAUACUCAACGGAAGAAAGUCACACGAGUUACAUCAAUGGAGGAACUUGUUAUCUCCAUUUCUUCCUCCUUUCGCAAAUCCCUUCUCUUCUGCCACCACAUCAGAUCUAACCCCUGAAGAAGACCAAAAACAAAAGACUUUCACAGUCUCUUACCUAAUCAACUCCUUAGGCCUAACUCCAAAACUCGCCGAAUCAAUCUCAACCAAAGCCAACUUCACCGACAAACAAAACCCAGACUCUGUCCUAAAACUCCUAAGAAGCUACGGAUUCACAGACCCACAAAUCUCAACCAUCAUCACCACUUACCCACGCUUCCUCGUCGAAAACCCCGAGAAAACCCUCCGCGCGAAACUCCACUUCCUCAAACUAAACGGAGCUUCAAGCUCCGAGCUAACAGAGAUUGUCUCAAAAGUCCCCAAGAUCCUGGGGAGAAGAGGACACGUGUCCAUCACUAGCUACUUUGAUUACGUCAAAGAGAUUUUACAAGAUCAAGAUAUAAAACAGACGAACAGAACAAGGAAUGUUUCUGUUUUGAGAGAGCUUGGCGUGCCUCACAAGCUUUUGCUUAACUUGUUGAUCACGAAAGCUAAACCCGUUUGCGGGAAAGAGAGGUUUGAGGAGUCAGUGAAGAAGAUCAUAGCGAUGGGGUUUGAUCCAACGUCUAAAAAGUUUGUUAACGCUUUGUAUGUUUUCUACGAGCUGAGUGAGAAGACUAUAGAGGAGAAAGUGGGUGUUUACAAAAAGUUAGGGUUUUCUGUUGAUGAGGUUUGGGCCAUUUUCAAGAAAUGGCCUUACUUGUUGAAAUACUCUGAGAAGAAGAUAACUCAGACGUUCGAGACUUUGAGAGAGUGUGGUUUAACUGAAGAAGAGGUGCGUGUGGUAGUUAAGAAGUAUCCUGAAUGUGUAGGAACUUCUGAGGAGAAGAUUGUGAGUUCAGUUGAGACUUUUGUGAAGCUAGGGUUUACGGGAGAGGAGGCGUUGAUGAUUAUUAAGAGACAUCCUCAGUGUAUUGGAUUGGCUUCGGAUACGGUGAGGAGUAAGAUUGUGUUUCUUGUGGAGGAGAUGGGUUGGUCUUUGAAGGAUGUGGCUUCAACUCCUAUUGUGCUUGGAUGCAGCUUGGAGAAGUUUAUUUUGCCGAGAUGUAAUGUGAUUAGAGCUCUUAUCUCUAGAGGGUUGAUUGGUGAAGUGCCUGCGAUUUCGUCUACUUUGACGAGUCCUAAGCAGAGGUUUUUGAAGUAUUUUGUGGAGAGGCAUGAGGAGGUGUUGCCUGAGUUGAUCUCUAUCUUCAACGGAGAUCGCUUUACAGUAGCUUCGAGAAGCAAUCAUCAAGCAUUCAAGUGUAUUAUGUGACUUUUUGGUUGUAAAGAAAAC